GGUAACGGCCUGCGCCGCCCCGCGCCCAGGUCCCGGCCCGGGGGACGCGCGGGCUCCGGGCUCCGGGCUCCGGGGCGGGGGCCGAGGCCGCCCCGGCCCUGCCUGUCGGGCGUUGGGGGAGUCAGGCGCCGGCCGUUCUUCCCGCCGCACGAGCUGGAGCGGCUCCCGCCGCGGCGGCGCCGUCGGCUGGGGGCCCGCGAGGCCCGCGCCGCCCGUGCCGGCGGGAACGCGGAGCCGCCCCCUGCGGCCUGGGGCGGGCUGAGCCCCGGGAAGAUGCCCGAGAAUGAAGCAGGCUUUGUCACCGGGAUCGUUCCAGCUCCCGUGGGGGAAACACUCGGAAACCCCGUUCCUCCGCGAGGGCGUGUCAGACACUCCCGCACCAGACUGCACUCCCGGGGCGUCGUCUGCGCAGGGAGGGGCUUUCCAGUUUUCUUUCCAACCUGAAGGAUGGGGUGCGUCCCUGGCUGACAAGCUGGUCAGAAAAUGUGAUGUUCUGAAUCGUGGAUUCUCAGGCUAUAAUACUAGAUGGGCCAAAAUCAUCCUCCCGAGACUGAUCAGGAAAGGGAAUGCUUUGGACAGCCCCGUAGCGGUUACAAUUUUCUUUGGUGCCAAUGACAGUGCGUUAAAAGAGGAGAACCCCAAGCAGCACAUCCCGCUGGACGAGUACGUGGCGAACCUGAGGAGCAUGGUGCAGUACCUGCGGUCUGUGGACGUCCCCGAGGGCCGCAUCGUGCUCAUCACGCCGCCCCCGCUCUGCGAGGCCGCCUGGGAGAAGGAGUGCCUGGUGCAAGGCUGCAAGUUAAAUCGUCUCAACGUGGUGGUGGGUGAAUACGCCAGCGCCUGCUUACAGGUGGCCCAAGACUGCGGGACGGACGUGCUCGACCUGUGGACCCUGAUGCAGAAGGAUGGUCAGGACUUCGCUCCCUACUUGUCCGACGGCCUGCACCUGUCCCCCCAGGGAAACGCGUUCCUCUUCUCCCACCUCUGGCCUCUGAUCGAGAAGAAGGUGUCCUCCCUGCCGCUGCUGCUCCCUUACUGGCGCGACGUGGCCGAAGCCAGACCGGAGCUCAGUCUCCUCGGAGACGGGGACCAUUAGCCCGGAGCACGAGGCUGUCCGGGACCUGAGCAGCAUGUCUGCUCGAGCUCAACCUUUGCCCGUGACCCUGGACCAAGAGACAUUUGUACCAGGAUGAAUAAAGCGUUGCACCUCCCAGGGAUGCCUGGCACCAAGUAUGUUUUGCUGUUUACUGUCUAGAUGCAGGUGCCGCCCACGCCACCGCUACAGCACACACCCUGAGCAGCUGGGGAGGCUGUAAGUGGGGGGAAAAGGUAAAAGAUAGUUUUAUUUUUAAAAAAGUCGAUUUUAUUAAAAAAAUGGUUUUGUUACAUUCAGCUGGGAACUGCUUCACUCACACAUACACCCAUUCACCUUCCAUCAGACUCCAAAAGUGUAACUAAAAUAUAAGGAUAUGGUGACUAGUUAAAAGCCAGCAAAACCACAGGUACAAGUUCAAGUAUUAGAGUAACAGCCAUGUGUGUAACAAACCUCCGUAGGAGAAAAGACACCACUUGUCACAGGUUUGGUUAUAAGUUCCUCAUUAAACAUGUUGGCUGAUGAGCACGUUUCAGGGGAGAAGCUUUUCACUAGAAUUUUAAGGAAGUCAGAAUUCCGAUGACUUCCCCUUCACACACGAGUGCGCUCCGUCCAGAGUCCGGAAGCCAGUGCAGUCAGCACCACGCGUCUGAGCAACACUGACCGGGCUGUGACCUGAGGCCGCGCCCACGCGGGAGAAGGGUUCCUCAAGCGAGGGGCAGCCGGCCCCAGCCGGCCCCAAGUGAGUGUGCCCGGGACACCUGCCUGCUCAGCCGGGACCACAGGAGUAAGGCGAUGAGCCUGUUGGGCCUGGACAACUCAGCAGACGGCCUGGACAGCAGUACCCGACCCCCCAGUGUGACAUGGCGGAGCCACCCAGCCUCCAAGGCCCCAAAAUACAGCUCUGCAGAGUGAACGGCAGUGGACCAGCUCCGAAUCUCACCCUGAGGCCACCCCCAAAAGGCACUGCCACCCAGGAAGACAGUUCCCUGAAGUCAGCGGUGCCAAGAGCCCGGCCCGGCUUCCCAGUUCCAGGCUGGGCUCGGGGGAUGGCACAGCUCCAGGCCGGGGCUUGGGGGGGACGGCGCAGCAGCGCCCUCACAGCAGGCCCGGGCACCCAAGGGUGCCGACAGCUCAAGCUAUGAGGCAUCUGAGAGGAGCCUCCCAGACUGCACCCCGACUCCACCAGCAUCGACACUGGCCUCAGCAGGGCCCCAAGCGCCCCCAGAUCAAACACAGCCUCUCCUAUGGAGGCAACGGUGACCCUUCCCUCGAGGCACAGCCACUCCCCACACCGAGCCCUGGCCCGGCCUCCGGCUCCUCAGCCAGAGGGGCUGCCACCGGAAGGCUGUGCUGCCGAUGGACCAGGGGGGCUGAGGGAGCCCGGGAAGGCAGUGCUGUGGGCCACCGGCGGACAGCGCGAGGCCCGGGAACACACGCUGCCCAGCACGGCGGCCUCACACAGGCAGGACUCUGUAAGGCCGCCAGCUGCUCCUUGUAACUCUCCCUGUAAACGACACUGCUGAACCGGAGGAAGCACGGACCUUAGAAUUCUGAAGAAACCAACCCAAUCACUCCUGACUGGAAUGGGUCUUCUCCCUGCUGGAAGCGUGGGCUCGGACCGAGAGCCAGAACCCACGCCAUGGAGAUGACACACAGCUCAGCUUUGUCUUCCGUAUGUUUACUGAGGGCAGGAGGACAAAUUACUGUUCCAGUUAUUCUUACGCGUUACCGCUGAACGCCUCGCCCUCCUUUCACUGGUGAAAAGGCCGCGCUCGCCCUGAUCAGUGCCGUCACGGAUGUGACAUGCUACUUUACCAAAACGUAAAUACUUCUGGCCUCAUCCAGCUGUAUUUUCUGCUUCUGCACCACAGGUUGAAGGAUAUAAACAUAAA